UGGGAAAAAUCCAAAAAAAAAAAAAAGAAGGGAAAAAGAAAACACAGGUUGAAGCACUUAAUUGCAUUUGGCGUGUUUAACUUGCAGCUGCCGUCGCAUAAUUAUAAAAAUGUUGCUCAUACGCCGUGUGUGCGCUGGAGCAUUUUAAGCGCAUUUCAUUUGGCCAGCUGCAGCGCUUGGGGGAACGCAGCCUUUUCGGGCAUUAGAAAUAUUACACAUACGCCGCUUGGGCCGCAGCUGCGGUGCGAAUUGCGAUCCGAAAUGUCUGCGAAUUGCGCAAAUGCUGGAAAUAUUUAUGAAAACUGCAGCAUUAAAGUCUGCGCCAAGGAACGCGAGAUAUUAUACGAUAAAGUCCAGCUUAAUUGGUGGCAUUUGCAAGGGGGACUUUGUGCGACUUUUAUAGCUUAGUUAAGAAAGCGUUUAAAUAGUUUAAUACUUGGCUGGAAAUAUUAAAAAAAUACAUAUCUUCCGUUGGAAUUCCUUAACUAGCAGUCGACUAAAUAUGCUUUUAAAUUUGUGAAACUGAAGCACUAGCAUAAUUAAAGUUAUAUUUGGAAUAUGUAGACAUAUUUUUACACUGCGUAUUCUAUAGUUAUUUAGAAGAAUAUUAAUUUUGCCAACUUACUAGAUUAUUUUAUGAUGUUAUGUUUUAAGGAACUGAUUAAUAUGGUUUGAAUUAAUUUGAAUAAAAUUAGUACAUAUUAUAUAUUAAACUAACCUCCAAUGUAGUGACAACAACUCAAUCAGGAAAAGUAUUUAAUUUACCAUUGAUCAUGUAAUGCAGGCAGUUGAAAUUUUUGCGAGUUUUCUGUGUGCCGUUUCCUUUUGGUUGCUUUUUGGCUUUUCCUCUCCCGCUUUCCUUUUGAUUUUUCCAUUUCCCUUUGCCUUUGAGUGCCACUCCACUUUUGAAUGAAGCUAAUGCAAAUCUGAUUGGCUCAAAGGAACGAGAUUCGUUUGCUGAAUUAAAAGCUCAAUGUCCAGCGCCGAAAAUGUAAAAAAAAAACGCAGGAAAAUUCGUAAUUGAGAGUGGAAAAAAAUACACGGCUCACUGUUCAUGUAAUCGAUAAACAUUAUUUGUUGAUUUUGGUAAUGUGUUUAAAGCGUCAUACAAAAACACAAGUCAGCCCGAGAAUGGGCAAAAUGAAAAUAUAUAGACAGAGAGAGCGACACUCAUUCACUUCUGGCCGUUGAUUUUCAUUCAUGAACCAUUUUGUUUAGCAUUUUCGGCCGUUUUUCAUCGUUUUUAUGGCAUAAACAAAAGGCUUUUUCGUUUGAAAAAUGCAUUGCUCGGCUGAAAUUAAAUUAAAAUUGCUUUGAUUAUUCUUAGCGCUUGUAAUUUGCGUGUAAUUCACUUUUGGCCACCAACAUUUGGCGGCGAUUUAUGUGCAUAAAUAUUUGCCACCUUCAGUCGGUGCUUAUUGUUAUUAUUAUUGCAGUCUCGAGUUUAGAUAUAUGCAGGCAACGACAGCCGCUAAGCAGCCAGUUAUUAUUCUGGGAAUUGUAUUUCUUUUGUGGCAGUUCGGACAAGAAUUUAGUUUGUCAUUAAAGAUGUUUAAAGCUUUUAAUAAUCAGUUUUAGAUAUUUUACUAUUCAGGUGAAAUAAGACCUUCAUGUCUUCUGAAAUCAAAAUAAAUGUUAUUUAUCCACGAACCCAAGAAAGCCUCCUUCAACAAUUGUUUACUAAAGCUGGAUACAAAGUUAACAUCGUGUUUACACUUGUAUUUAAUGGACGAAUCAAAUUAUAGUUAAUAUCCCUUUUGUGGCUAUUCAAAAUAUUUCGUUUAUUCUUUUUUUGAUUUUCCUGGCUAUAUAAAUCAUAAAUGGCAGAUUAAACAAAACGACCGAGGCAAUGAAUAAAUGUUUGAGGAAAUUAAUUAUGAAAGAAAUUUAAUAAUUUACACAUGGCACGAGAAACAAUAGUAAUGCAUUUUUGUGGCAUAAAUUAUAGAUGCAGUAACAAAAACAAUGUGAAAAGCGAAAAAGAAAGAAAAGAAAAUAAAUUUAGGAAAAUACUUAAAUAUAUAUAGAUCCAUAAACAAACCGAUUUAUAUAUAUUCGAGUCGAGCGUUUGAUUGAUUUGUGGCAACUUUUAAACAACAAACCAAAAAACAACAGCAAGUCAACAAAAACAACAAGAUCAACAACUACAACGACUGCGGAUGCCGCGACGCUUUAACCCACUUUGUCUAACCCCGCCACCGCCGUAAAAAUGUAAAAGUCCAACAUGCCACUAAAACCACUAAAACCAGCCAGCGACAAUUAAAGCCAGCGCCUAGAGAGGAUCAGGAUUGGGAGGAGGAGAAGGAGAAGGAGAAAGGAGAUCGGAGGAACAAGCCGCUCCAGUAGGACUCAAACAAAUACACUGAGAGAAACGACAUGGCCGGGCCGCAGGUGCAGCACAGCCAGCGACCCAAUAGCGCCUACUACACGGGUCUAAAUGGUGGAUCCAGUGGAGGAGGUGGAGGCGGAGGAGGUGGAGGAGCAGGAGGAGGAUCCUCCUCCGGCGGAAUAACAAGCAGUGCAUCGCACACCGGACUGCAUGCUCUGCGGCAGGUGAGCAACGAAACGGAGCUGAUCUACCGUGGCAGCCACAGCAAUGGCACCGUCAACGAGCUGCCCUCCACCGCCCAGCACCACCUGCUCACGGGUCGAGUGGGGGAGGGGCGGGAGCAGCGGGAGCAGCAGGUGCACCAUCAGACGGUGAGCAGCAUUGCCGGCACGGGAUCGAGUGUCACGGAUGCCCUGAUCGGGACCAUAACCUCGGGCGGCGGCGGAGGAGGAGGAGGUGGAGGUGGAGUCGGUGGAGGAGCAGCAUCUGGCAGCACGGCAGCGCUGGGUAUCAAGAAGUCCAGCACGCAGCGCAGCAUCGAGAUCAUUGUGGACGCCAGCCAGUGCGGCAAGGAGUUGGUGGCCAGCAGUGGCCCAGGAGCAGCGGUCGUCUCCACACUGGACGUGGAGGAUGUGGAGCAGGGCGGUGGCGGCCAGGAGUCCUCCUCCUCGCACCGCAAAUCCUCGCGCCACCGCCAUCGACCACUGCACCGCCGGCUGAUCACCUAUCUGCGGAACCUCUUCCAGGGCAGCACCACCCAGAAUGAUUCGGAACUGGAGGAGUUCGAGACGCCGGCACGGUACAGGCCCGACUCGCUAAGUGCGCUGAGCCGCGCCACCCGCUUCACGGAGGACGAGAUCAAACGAAUUUACCGGGGAUUUAAGGCUGAGUGCCCGACGGGCGUCGUCAAGGAGGACACCUUCAAAGUGAUCUACUCGCAGUUCUUUCCACAGGGAGCCAAUCCAACCUUAUAUGCGCACUAUGUAUUUAAUACACUGGAUCAGGAUCACAGCGGCAUUGUCAGUUUUGAGGACUUUGUUCAAGGACUUUCGAUACUGUCGCGCGGCUCCGUGGAGGAGAAGCUGCGCUGGACCUUCUCGCUGUACGACAUCAACGGCGACGGCUUCAUCACGAGGGAGGAAAUGACUGACAUCGUAACUGCCAUAUACGAGCUGAUGGGCCGACUGCCCGACGAGUGUCCCGAGGAGGAGAAGAUCAAGGGCAAGGUGGAGCAGAUCUUCCAGAAAAUGGACACCAAUCGCGAUGGCGUGGUCACGCUGGAGGAGUUCCUGGAGGCCUGUCGCAACGACGACGCCAUCUCGCGGUCGAUGUCCUACACAGUGCCCCGGCGGCGGCGACAUCAGCAGCCGGCGCAGCAGCAACACCAGCAACAUCAGCAACAUCGGCAACACCAGCAGGAGCCAGAGAAACGUAAGUCCAACCACAAGACGAAGAACAAGCAACAGCAAAAACAGCAGCAACCACAUAGCACUAGACAUCAAAACUGUUGUCACAUAAUCGACAUGGAUGGCGAUAGCACCACCAGCACCACCACCGCCUCGGCGGCCACUGGAACCACACUCAAUUGCAAUGUCCUGGGCCGCAAAGCCCAUCCCGAUGAGUACGAUGAUGCGGAGGAGUACGAGCAGGAGGAGCAGGAGGAGGAGGACGGGGACGGGGAGGAGGAUGGAGAUGGAGAUGACUCCGAGGAGGAGUACCGAUCCUUUGUCUGCCGACACUGCCAAAGACCGCAGUCGGUGGUGCAGCCAAGAUCCGGCCGCCGAUCGCAGUCGCAGUCCAAGUCGCGCAAGCGCAGCAAGAGCAGGAAGCGCCACCAGAGCAAGCAGCGUGGGGGUCACCAGGGGCAUUCGGGUCACCAGGGUCACCAGGGACAGCAGCAGGCGGGUCCCAGGUGGCCGGAAAUCAAUGUGGCCAACGAGCAGGCCAUCCGCUUCCGGUGUCCGCAGGUGGGGCCGCAGGUGGGUCGCGACCUCCACACCCCCCAGCCCAUGCACUUCCACCACCCCCAGUCGCAGAGCCAGAAGGCCAAGAACAAGUCGCGUCCGCGGAGGUCGAGGGCAUGCCCCGCCGCCCCGCCAUCGGCACCGCCCGUUGACAAUGGCAUUGCCAUUGCCCCAUUGGCCAGCCACCCGCCCUCCGAACUAGCACCCCUCCCGCCCCUUGACGUGGUUGUGGGCGGGGUCGAGGCCGAUCCGCAGCAGCCGCCGCCACCCACCACCCCCGACUCGCCGUCGCUGGUCACCGUGAGCACCUGGUACACGGUGGCCAAGCAGGGUGUCUCCUGCUAAUCGCGGCGAGCAGUGAGUAUCCUCGCCACCCAGCCACCUUGCACCCCUCCCUCCCCCACCCCCCAAUCAACAUACCCCUACAAAAAAUAUAUAAACGGGGGGCCACAAACAUCUCUGGAUGCUUAGAACCAAUUAAAAAAGGUGUCUGAUGGUAAAAAUAAUAUAUUAUAUAUAUCACACACCUCAUUAAGUGCUUCAGAACCUCCAGAGAUUUGUGUGGCAUUCCCGAUAGAAACGCUUUUCCCAUUCGGUGUUUAAAUAUAUGUAUACAAUAUAUAUAUUUUGUGCUUAUAUGAAUCAUAUAUGUGUGUUCUUUCAGGGUGGAUCUCUGAAAGCUCAAAAUUGGCUAAAUUAUUCGUAUGAAAUUAACAUUGUCUAGGUAUUUUUUCUAUUCCAAAUAGUGAUUGUAUUCAGUGUUAAUUUCAUAAUACAAUGGUUUAAAUUAAUAAAUGUUUAUGAAAGUUUUUACUUUUGAAUUCUUAAGCUUUUCCAAUUCUAAGUUCAAUACCUUGUAUUAUUUUGUUUUUAAUGCCAAAAAGGCCAAGAAAAAAAUCAAUUGCAAAUACUUUCUUCAAAGCAAAAGCAUAUAUUAAAUGUCAGCUAGAUAUUUGAAAGAAAAAUACAAAGUAAACAAAUAUUUUGUAAUUAAAAACGAGAUCCACCCUACUGUAUAUGUGCAUUAAGUUUCCGAUUUGCCCCAUUGUUUGUACUAUAAUUAGCCAAAUGAAGUUUAAAAGAGUUUAAAAACGUUCUCUGUGUGUAUCGAUUGAUGUUGCAAACUGUCAAAUGUGUUAUAGUCUUAAAUACGGUUAAAUCUAUAGAAAAUGUAAGUGAAAAUGAACCAAAAAUGAAAAUAUAUGAAAAGCAUUCAAACAUUUACUUUAUGUUUCUUUGAAUCCCAUUAUUUGUGCCCAGAAAAUGUCUCCUUAGAAAUGUUGUUAGAUGUCCUAGAGUUAUAUAAAUUGACGUUAGCUGUGAUGGAAAAACAAAGUAUAUUAAACAACAAAAAACAUUAAAAAAUAAUAAUUAAAAACAACAAAUGGAGGGUUUAAUCUAAUAUUUGUGGGAGAACAUUGCUCAAAAGAAAACACUAUCCAUAUGUUAAGUUUAAAGUGCGUGGGUGUGUUCAGGAUGUGUGUGCAUUUGGGAGAUAUUGAGAGGAAACUUUCUAACAAACCAAUUUUCAUAACUUUAAAUGCCCCGCUUUGAGGCUUUUUUUCGAAAUUGUUCAGGCUUAAACCGAAAAUUGAAUUGCUGCCACUGCGAUAAUUACUUUCUGUAAAUUACUCAGAAAUGAUACCUAACUAUAUACAAAAAAUAUAUGCAGAUUAAUGAACAGACCAAUUUCAGGCUGUAAAAUAUUUUGCUUUAACAAAAACUCCAGAGUCAUUGAAAUGCAAAUUGAAAACCGAAUUUUCGUAAGCCAAAAAACGAUAAGUAAACAAAUUGCGGGGAAGAAAAAAGGUAGAGUUUUGUUUUAAUUGAAGGCAGCUUUCUACUUUAUUGGAUAAAUGUAAUAGGCUGCCAUUAAAUUCCAUUCCAUUUGCAUUAUUUCACAUUGAAAUUCGUGUUCUUCGAUAUGUUGUGAAAUUUGCUGAGCGUUAACUUUUUUGCUAACUGUUAUUGCUUGACAUGCUUUUGUUGUUGUUUUCAUUAUGCCACAUUGGACACACCAAGGAGACACACUCACACACGCACACCCGCACACUUGCACAUGAACACACGCACAUGCACACACACACACACAUACAGACACACACACAUGCAAGACAAAAUAAACAAGGAUGCAAACGCAUGGGAAUUGAAAUUCGUGUAUGGCAAUUAAAAUAUCUGCUUUCUUUCUCUUCUCUUCCCUUCUCUCUCUCUCUCUUUUCUCUCUUUCUCUUUUUCUUUCUCUCUCUCUCUCUUUCUCUCAU